AUGUACUCGCUGCUACCGCCAAACAGGCCCCAAUACGCUUCACGCUACAGCGGCAAUACGGCCCUGGAGACCAGCGCGUCGCAGCCACACAAGGACCGGCUCCACCCCCAGCGCCCUCUGAGCUCUGCUCUGGAGCGCUUCCCCCAGCGGGCCUGCUUAGCGCAAGCCCCGGCCACAGCCAUUGAGCACAGCGCAGCGACCGGCCCAGCGCACAGUGUCCAUUGCGCUGAGCCAGUGGCGCACCCCCCUCCCAACGACCAACCUGCUGUAAAGGUGAGCAGCGAAAAGAGGGGAGAGACCACUGGCGCCCCUGCUGUGGUGGUAGCGCUAGUUGCUUGGAGCAGCUCCGUCGUUAGUGCUGGAGCAGCUAAGCUGGCAGUGGUCGUUAGCAGCGGGCUCAAGCCGCUCUCCUGGCGCCCUCGUCCAACUCGGUACCCCAUACCUCGCGGCCGCGCCGGCUCGCACGCUGCUGGCAGGUACUGGCGACCGUCGCGGCCAAGGCCCGGGUUCCUGAUGGUGAAUGAAUGGAAUGGGGCCCGUCGCUCGCUCACUCACAUCCAAGCCGCUGCUCGAAUCGCCCGCCCUCUUUUCUCUUAA